UGGGGGUGGGAGGGGGCGGUCACGUGGGCCGCCGGCCUUACGACUCUCGGCCCAGGGCGCUCCGCGGUUCUCGGCUCCUGCGACCGCCGCCCCUGCCCCUCGCCCGCGUCGCUGCCAGGUGCAGGGCCACUAGGUGGUCCUGGAAGCGCCAGGCUGGGGCCACCUCUGAGUGCCCCGCGGGGGCCAUGGAUGGCGAAAUAGCAGCGGAGCAGGGGGACCCCGCGCCCCCGCCUGGUGCACCCGGCGGACCCGGCUCCGGAGGCGAUCCGGCCCUCGGGGGGCGGCGGGAGCCCAAGAAGUAUGCGGUGACAGACGACUAUCAGUUGUCCAAGCAGGUGCUGGGCCUGGGUGUGAACGGCAAGGUGCUCGAGUGCUUCCACCGGCGCACGGGGCAGAAGUGCGCCCUGAAGCUCCUGUAUGACAGCCCCAAAGCCCGGCAGGAGGUGGACCACCACUGGCAGGCGUCGGGCGGCCCGCACAUCGUGCGCAUUCUGGACGUGUACGAGAACAUGCAUCAUGGCAAGCGCUGUCUCCUCAUCGUCAUGGAAUGCAUGGAAGGCGGAGAGUUGUUCAGCAGGAUCCAGGAGCGUGGUGACCAGGCUUUCACUGAGAGAGAGGCUGCAGGGAUCAUGCGGGACAUCGGAACCGCCAUCCAGUUCCUGCACAGCCGGAACAUUGCCCACCGGGAUGUCAAGCCCGAAAACCUGCUCUACACAUCCAAGGAGACAGACGCAGUGCUCAAGCUCACCGACUUUGGCUUUGCCAAGGAAACCACCCAGAAUGCCCUGCAGACACCCUGCUACACUCCCUAUUAUGUGGCCCCUGAGGUCCUGGGUCCAGAGAAGUACGACAAGUCAUGCGACAUGUGGUCCCUGGGGGUCAUCAUGUACAUUCUCCUGUGCGGCUUCCCGCCCUUCUAUUCCAACACGGGCCAGGCCAUCUCCCCAGGGAUGAAAAGGAGAAUCCGCCUGGGUCAGUACAGCUUUCCCAACCCUGAGUGGUCGGAGGUCUCUGACGAUGCCAAGCAGCUGAUUCGCCUUCUGCUGAAGACAGACCCCACAGAGAGGCUGACCAUCACACAGUUCAUGAACCAUCCUUGGAUCAAUCAAUCGAUGGUGGUGCCUCAGACCCCACUUCACACAGCCCGAGUGCUGCAGGAGGACAAAGACCACUGGGAUGAAGUCAAGGAGGAGAUGACCAGUGCCCUGGCCACCAUGCGGGUGGACUAUGACCAGGUGAAGAUCAAGGACCUGAAGACCUCUAACAAUCGUCUCCUCAACAAGCGGAGGAAAAAACAGGCAGGCGGCUCCUUGGCCUCACAGGGCUGCAACAACCAGUAGCUCACGAGGUCAUGGAAGAGCCAGGCCUCUCAGCCUGGGGGACAAACUGGAGCGUGCUGAGGCCCUGGCCAGAGGGCCCAGGGUUAUUUUUUUAAAAAAAGGACUAUUUUGCUGUGUUGUAAUUUUUCACUUGGAAUUUCAGGGUGGGGGCCCUGACCCAAACCUCCUUCAGAGCGCUAGUCUCAGCCCAGGCCCUAGGAAAGGGCCAGAGCCUAGGGGCUGGAGAGUCACCUGCUGCAGUUGCAGUGCCUUUGGCCAGGGUGGCCUUAGUGGCACCUUGGCUCUGUCCCAUCCUGGAGCAUGACCUCAGCCUUCUAGACCACUAGGAGUUGUGGCUAGGCCUCUCAUAUUCCAUAGAGUACCCCCAAGGGGUGUGUAGACCUGCCUGGCCUUGGGAAGGGCAUCGGCCACUGGUUGCCAUGGUGACCGGGGAUAGUGUUGCUGUCUGUGAAUGCUGAGUGAAGGAGGGAGGGAGAGGGGCAAUCAAGGGUCCGUACCUGUCUUCUUGGGAGGCUGAUCUCUUUCACACUGGGUCUCCCCUCUUAGGCUCGCCCCUCUUUGGCAUCCCUCGGUAGUCCAGCCCUGCCUUGCCGCACUCCCCUUCCAGAUGGCCCUCAGAGGUCUCCCCCCAUGGAGUCUCCGGGCCCAGCCAUCCUGUCACUGCCCCUUGCCUGAAGGGUGAUCUCUCAUCUCAGCUGAGAAUUGUGGGGUGGGGUGCUUUUAACCCUUUUCCACUUUGGAAAAUGCCACUGUGACAGAAGCCACUUGCUUACCGGAUCCCAGGCAGGCAAGCCCCUCUUGGUACCUCCAUGUGAGGGCUCAUCCUCUGCCCUGUCCUAGGAGAUGGCAGGGGCUGCCUCUUGGUGUACUCUCGUGGGAGUGUUCACGACUGUGGGUGCCUGGGGGCAGGGUCAAGAGACUCCCCUUUAAUCAAGGUCUCUUUCUACACUCCGGAUAAGGCCUGAGGUGGUGGAGGGCUGCUGAGCAAUGCUCAGAAGGUCUGGUCCUGGCUUUGGCCCGCGUUGGGGCAGAGGCACCUUCCCUCUGGGUCCCCGUUUACCGAGCCCCACCCUUUCCAGAGCAGCCUCAGAGUACCAAGUGCCUGAUAUGGGCCUGACAAGUGCCUGACACCCAGCCUGCUUCCUGGCCCCUCUCUUAAUGGCUGGGAAACUCCAGACCACGUCAGAUAGGACAACACUGCUGGAUUUUAUAUCUGGAUAUUAAUAAAUACCAUUUUGGCACUUCCCACUGGUUCCUGGGUUUCUGUUUUUCUCAAUGGGCCGACACAACUGGCCCAAGGGCAGCUGCUCCCACCCACUGGAUUUCGUCCUGGCUGGAGAGGGUGCCUCAGACCUGGUAAACACAUCAGGCUGACUCUAAGGUCACCGUGGCCCAGACAGGCUUGGAAAGGUCAGAGGAGCUGCAGGAUGGCAGCUGCAUGCCACCAUCUCUGCACC